UUAGGAGCGAUCAUAUAAUUCAAAACACCAUAAUAGAGAUCAAGAUCGGCCAGCUGUUCCACACCGCAGGACUGUCAACACACAUACGUACAGUUACACACACACACACACACACAGUCAUGGAGGCUCCGGUGUCGCGGUCCAGGCUGGAAAUUAACUUUAUGCGACUACUGGAUGAGACGCAACAGAUGGCCAAUGGCAGCAAACCCAAGGACUGGACGUUUGAGAAGUGGGUGGAGGGUCGGAGGAUGACCGUGUUGUAUGGGAGCCAGACAGGGACAGCUCAGGAAGUAGCUGAGAGAAUUGGGAGGGAAGCUCUCCGGCACUUCUUCCAGCCCACAGUGCUGGCCAUGGAUGAUUGUCCUCUGGAGAGACUGACGAAGGAGACGUUGGCAGUGUUUGUUGCUGCCACUACUGGCCAAGGUGACGACCCAGACAACAUGAGGAACUUCUUCAAGGGUUUGUGGUCACAGCGAAGGAAUCGACAACUUCUGUCUCACUUGAAGUUUGGUGUGCUAGGUCUAGGUGACUCAUCUUACCAGAAGUUCAACUACUCAGCUAAGAGAUUAAAUAACUUGCUGGUGUAUCUAGGAGGUCAACCUCUGCUGAAGAUUGGCCUUGGAGAUGACCAGCAUGACCUGGGACCUGAGUUUGUCAUUGAUCCAUGGCUUGAAAACUGGUGGAACAAAGCUUUGGAACUCUACCCACUUGCAGAGGGUGUUAAACCUCUAAGUUCAAAGAUAAUGUUGCCUCCAAAAUACAAGUUAAAGGUGAUAACAAAUGCUCCUGUGGACAAAAACAACUGUGAUAGGAUGACAGACACAUCACAGCAACAAGGAGAAGCGUGUGCAUCAUGUCCAUGCCUUGCUGAGGUGACCAGGAAUGAGAGGGUCACCUCUAAAGAUCACUUUCAGGAAGUCAGAUUAAUAGAGUUUGAUACAAGUGAGAUCAAGACCAAACACAAGCCAGGUGAUGUACUCAUGGUUCAGCCACAGAAUUUAGAAGAACAUGUUGAGGAGUUUAUCAAUGUUCUUGGACUUGAUCCUAACCUAGAGUUCUUAUUAAAAUUGAAUGACCCUAAUGCCACUCUCCCUCUGGCCUCUGUCUUACCAACUCCUUGUACUAUGAAAGAAUGUGUACAGAAAUACUUUGAUAUACAAGCUAUUCCUAAGAGAUAUUUCUUUGAGAUGUUAUCAUACUUUACAAAUGAUGAGAUGGAAAAGGAAAAAUUUGAGGAAUUCACCACAGCAGAAGGACAGCAAGCACUUCACGACUACUGCACCAGGCCCAAAAGGAGCAUCAUGGAGGUGUUAGCAGACUUUCCACAUACAAAAAAAAAUAUUCCUCUAGACUAUUUAUUUGAUCUCAUUCCUCCCAUCAAGCCAAGACCUUAUUCCAUUGCCUCCUCCAGCCUUGCCAUGCCAAACAGGACCCAGUUACUUGUUGCUGUCGUCAACUACACCACAGUACUGCGACGGCCAAGGUUAGGUCUGUGCACCAAUUGGCUGGCUCGGCAGGAGGUUGGAACCCCUAUCCCAGUCUGGAUCAAGUCUGGAACACUGACUUUCCCUCCCCUGGAGUCUGAAGUCGUACCACCAGUUGUGAUGAUUGGACCAGGAACAGGAUGUGCCCCAUUCCGUGCAUACAUUCAGGAGCGGGUCUCCAGUGGUGCCAGCAAGGGCCUAGUCAUGGUGUUUGGGUGCAGGAACAAAGCCAAGGAUUACUUCUUCAAGGAUGAGUGGGAAGGGCUGGUCAGGGAGGACAAGCUAGAGCUUUACUGUGCAUUCUCCAGGGACCAGGAAGACAAGGUGUAUGUGCAGCAUGUGAUGAGGGAGAAUGCUGCUCACCUGUGGCACUUGAUAGGAGAGCAGCAGGCAAGGGUAUACUUUGCUGGUAAUGCCAAGAGAGUUCCCAUUGACGUGUAUGAAGCGCUGACCUACAUCUGUGAGCAUGGUCGUGGUGCAGGACAGAUGGAUGCUGAACAAUAUAUGAAGAAGGAGGUGGAGAAGCGCUACCAGACAGAAACUUGGGCAUGAGUGUUGUGUUUUGUUGCAGUGCUGGUUGGUAGUCUUCAUCAUUGAUGUGUAGGAUUAUUGUCAGUUUGUGGAUGCAGACAUUUAGCUGACAUUUGUGUGAACUAGGGGAUCAUGUACAUAGUGUAGAUAAGUAUGUAUAUUGUAACAUAGAUAUUUAAAGAACAGAUGGUGAAAGUAGUGAACAUGUGUGUAAAGUGAAAAAAUUAAAUGUUGAGUAUUUGAGUGGAUGAACCAAAGUACUUUAAGUGGAAAAAAUGGGAGAUGAUGAAAGCAUGAAUAAAUACGGUAGAUGCAGUGGAUAGAGGACAAACUGCAGUGAAAUGGGGGUAAAGUGGGGGAAUAUGUGAGACUAGGGAGUAAAAGAGGAUCAGAAAAUACAAAAAGGGAAUAAAUAAAUAGGGACCUUCACUUGCAGUCAUCUCCUUGGGGACAGUUCUCAGCAAUACAGUUUGAUAUGGAUAGAUGAUACUGGAAGUAUGUAAAUGACCAAUAAAGAAAUGCAAGAGA